AUCCGUAUCCUUAUGAUUUUUACAAAAAUCAUAUAACAUCCAGUGGUCUGGAUCACAUUCUUCAUUGCUUUAGUGCAUCACAACUGCUAAAGAACACUGUCAGAAUCUCAGAGAGAAGUAUACAUCAGCUCUUGCUCCAUCCUCCUCCUCCUCCAAGAACCAGCCAUGGCAGGCACCAAAGACGAAGCUUCUCCUCUCCACGUCGUGGCGUUCCCAUGGCUGGCGUUCGGCCACAUGUUCCCGUACCUCGAGCUCUCCAAGAGGCUGGCGCGGCGGGGCCACGCCGUCACCUUCGUGUCCACGCCGAGGAACGCCGCCAGGCUGGGCGCCGUUCCGCCGGAGCUGUCCGCGCGCCUCCGCGUCGUCGCGCUGGACCUGCCGGAGGUCGAGGGUCUGCCGGACGGCGCCGAGUCGACGGCCGACGUCCCGCCGGAGAAGGUCGCGCUGCUCAAGAAGGCGUUCGACGGCCUCACCGCGCCGUUCGCGGAACUCGUCGCGGAGGCCUGCGCCGCCGCCGCCGGCGGCGAGGGCGCUGCGUUCUCGAGGAAGCCGGACUGGAUCGUCCUCGACUUCGCGCAGAACUGGGUUUUGCCAAUCGCCGAAGAAUACGAGAUCCAGUGCGCCAUCUUCGUCGUCGUGUCGGGGGCGUUCCUGGCCUUCACCGGCCCGCAGAACGAGAACGAGGCUCACCCCCGCACGACGACGGAGGACUACAUGGUUCCACCACCGUGGAUCCCGUCGCCCUCGACCAUGGCGUACCGCCGCCACGAGGCCGAGUGGAUCGCCGCCGGGUUCCGGCCGAACGCCGCCGGCGUGUCCGACAUGGACCGGUUCUGGGAGAUGGAGCGGCGCCCCUGCUGCCGCCUCAUCUUCCUCCGCAGCUGCCCCGAGGCCGAGCCGCCGCUGUUCCCGCUCCUCACGGACCUCUUCGCCAAGCCCGUCGUCCCCGCCGGCCUCCUCCUGCCCGACGCCGCUGCCGCCGACGAAGCAGACGGCGCCUGCUUGACCAGCGACGACGAGCCCACGUCGGCCGCCAUGAGAUGGCUGGACGCGCAGCCUCAGCGGUCGGUCAUCUACGUCGCGCUCGGGAGCGAGGCGCCGGCGUCGGCGGGCCACGUGCGGGAGCUCGCACUCGGUCUGGAGCUCUCCGGCGCGCGGUUCCUCUGGGCGCUCCGCCUGCCCGCCGGCGGCCACCGCUCCGGCGACCCGCUGCUCCCGGACGGGUUCGAGCGGCGCGUGGCGGGGCGCGGCGUGGUCUGCACGGGGUGGGUGCCGCAGGCGCGCGUGCUGGCGCACGCCGCGGUUGGCGCGUUCCUGACGCACUGCGGGUGGGGCUCCACGGCGGAGGGCCUCUUCCGGUGCGGGCUCCCGCUGGUGAUGCUGCCGUUCGUGCUCGACCAGGGGCUCAACGCGCGCGCCGCGGCGGCGCGGGGGCUCGGCGUCGAGGUGGAGAGGGACGGCGACGGCGGGUGGUUCCGUGGGGAGGACGUCGCGGCGGCGGUGCGGCGGGUGAUGGUGGAGGAGGAGGGCGAGGCGCUCGCGCGCAACGCACGGGAGGUUCAGAAGGUGGUCGGGGACAGGGGGAGGCAGGAAGGGUACGUGGAUGAGCUGGUCGAGCAUCUGCAGCGAUGCAAAUGAGAGAGUGGCGAGAUUAUUCAAUGUGUUGAAUAAUUAUUUUGUCGCGUCUAGUUUGGCUCAUGUUGAACUGCCUUUCCAAAUUUAUGAACUGAAUUGUAUUCGUUUCUUAAGUACAGCUGCUGUGUA